UGAUGUAAGCAGCUAGCCGGUGAGCGGUAGGCCAAGUGGGUCUCUGUGCGCGCGCAGACGGUGAGUGGUGGGAUAACGCUCGGGCUCGAGGCAGAAUGGCGCUUUUUCGUGAUGAGGGAAGUGCCCGCUGCUGCUCUUCUCAAAGCGUACUGACAGCUUCAGGCGCGUCUCAAGGCACGAUAUGGGUGUCGAACUGCUUGUAGCAAGCAGUGCUUCCCACUCAGAGCAAGCAGACGGGGCAGGCGACAGCGGCCACGCUCCCCCGCGCCGCCCAUUCCACCCAAGCGCGCGAUCUGCGAUUCAGCGCCGACCAGGGUGCGCGCUCAAGCGGUCGCCCGCCCCCCCGUCGUCUGCAACCACGGCAGGCGUCUGGUCUGGCACUGGCACCAAAGCAGCUGCUAUACUUUCCCCUCCGCCGCCCGUUUCACUCUUUCCCCAAUCUCUCUCGCUCUUUCCCUCUCUGAGACAGCUCUCUCGCACCUGCACCACCCAGCGUGUGCCCUGCGUCGUGCUGCCUAUCGCUGCCUUUCCUGCCAAACUGCCGCGGCCAAGCUCCCACAAGCUCUGCGGGCUCGCCCCAACUGCUUUCGGCGCCCUCACUCCACUCUAACGCAGCUUUUGCUCGCUCCAGCUGCUCUUGGUACGUACCGCGCGCUGUUGUUGUUCGCGGCUGGCGCGUUCUGUCGGUCGCACCCCAGCCAUCCCCCGGUCCGCCGAGCCCUCGCUAGCCUGCCAGUCACGGCCGCUGGCCUGCGCGCCCGAGCAGGUGCGGUGUUUUUGGUCGCCGGCAGCGCCGU